GUUGCGAAGGCGGACGUGUUUGCUUCAGUUCGUGUUAGCUUUGGGUGUUAGUAUUUGCGGUUCGUGUGUUGAGGAAAAAUAUCCAGUGUAUAUCUAGCUAAUUACAUAAAUAUGGCCAUAAUAUAGUAGAAUUUAUAUUAAUAUUUAACCAAAUCAAUCGAUUGAUUCUCUUACCAUGAAGUGACGGAUUUUACGCAACAAUUUUUUCCGCUCUUUCGAUCAUGUACAUGAAUAAUGUGAGAAGAACGCAAAUUAAUGUUAAAAAGCUCAAAUUCACGAUUAAUGAUUGUCGAUAAUAGAUUUUUGAUACGUACAAUUUCAAGAUAUCAUCUGCGUCCAACGAAUGCAUCGUCUGUGGACGCGAAACUGAACGUACCAUACACCGUUUGCGAGAUUUUAGUGGCGAUCUGCGCCGUUCUCGGCAACGGCUUGGUGAUCAUUGUAUUCGGCAAAGAACGAAAGCUACGCAGACGUACCAAUUAUUAUAUCAUUUCACUAGCAGCAGCCGAUCUGCUUGUCGGUCUACUUGCAAUCCCGUUCGCGAUCCUUGCGAGCAUCGGUCUACCGACGAAUCUACAUGCCUGCUUGUUCACUGUAUCGGUCCUCAUCGUUCUUUGCACCAUUAGCAUCUUUUGCUUGGUGGCGGUGUCCGUCGAUCGUUACUGGGCGAUACUGCAUCCCAUGGGAUACUCGCGCACUGUACGCACCAAAACUGCCAUAGGUAUAAUAGGCGUGUGCUGGAUAGCGGGCACUUUAGUGGGGUUUCUGCCGUUAUUUGGAUGGAACGCUGGUCAAACGAGUGAUCAUAGAUGUAUUUUCACGAAAGUUAUGGAUUAUAACUACCUCGUGUUUCUAUACUUUGCCACAAUAAUAUUCCCCGCCUUGCUGAUUGCUGCGUUCUACGCCCAUAUAUAUCAGGUGAUCGUAAAACAGCUACAGCAAGUUGUCACAGUUGAUUCCGGAAAUAGCGGUGGCGUUCGUCGUCUUGGCGGUCUGCGUCUCGGCAGUAAUCAUCAAACGACAGGGACAAUGCUGCGUGUACUUGGCGCAGCACGCAAACGGGAAAUUAAGGCUACACAAAAUCUCUCGCGUAUUGUUCUUUUCUUCAUCGUCUGCUGGUUUCCGCUGUACACGAUAAACUGCGUAAUGGCCUUUUGCCCCCAGUGCGAAGUGAACGAUCUCCUGAUGAAUUUCUGCAUCAUUCUCACACACAUCAACUCGGUCGGCAAUCCACUUCUCUACGCUUAUCAUCUCAAGGAUUUUCGCAUCGCACUCAAGAAUUUCGUCUGGCAACUACUUUUUCCGCACAGCGAUGUCAAAUCGAGCGUAAUCAGUGUAAUCUAUGAUCGCGGAUCUUUCGCUGGUUCGCAGAGGCUUAACGCUCAGCGGUUUAGCGAUUUUCCCCAGUCAAGAAGUCAAAGAUCGAGCAUGUUACGUCAGGUAAUGGACAAUAAGAGAACAAUCAGCACAUAUUCUGAAAAGCGUGUUUUAUCGAUCCAAGAAAAAGAGACACAUCAAAAUAUUGUUGAUAUCAACAUCGCAAAUGAAACUGCGGUAAUUAGUAAUUCUGCGCCACUAAAUGAGCGAUUGAGGGAAGAAGAGGUAGUCAGUGAGGGUGACGCGGAUGUCUGCAGAAUCUCACCUUCGAUGGAAUUGCAAACGUACAAAUCGUUAUUGCCGCUCUUGCCCGCACAGGAAGAUCGAAUCGAAGAAACGCCGCCUGGAUCGAUUUUUAUGAUUGACGUUGAUGUAUUGAAUCAUACGGCUCCUGAUUAUCUUCUAGUUCUAGAGAAAUCUCGAGAUAAAAUUGACAUAACAGGUGGGUAACCGAAAAAUAGAGUAAUCGUAAAAUUAUUAGCGAAUUCGAUUGAAUGCACUAGUGCACACUGAUGUGAUUAAAGACUGU